AUGAAUGUCAAAAAUGCUUUUCUUCAUGGUGAUCUCAAAGAGGAUAUUUAUAUGAAACCUCCACCAGGUUUGUUCUCAUUGCCUACAUCAGAUGUAUGCAAGUUGAAGCGGUCUUUGUAUGGAUUAAAACAAGCUCCCAGAGCUUGGUUUGACAAAUUUUGGUCUACUUUGCUACAAUUCUCUUUUGAGCAGAGCAACUAUGACUCAUUUUUAUUUCUUCGGAAAACAUCCACAGGUUGUGUUCUUCUUUUGGUAUAUGUCGAUGACAUUAUUAUUACAGGAACUGAUUCUUCACUUAUCACUAGCCUGCAACAGCAACUUAAGGAUUCUUUUCAUAUAAAAGGUCUUGGUACUCUUACAUAUUUCUUGGGUUUGGAAGUUCAUUGUGAUUCAUUCGGUGUGUUUCUAAAUCAACACAAAUAUACCCAAGAUUUGAUUUCUUUGGCAGGUCUUGAGGAUUCCUCCUCUGUGGAUACUCCAUUAGAAUUGAAUGUAAAGUAUCACCGGGAGGAAGGCGAUCUUCUUCCUGAUCCAACUAUAUUUCGGCAAUUAGUUGGGAGCUUAAAUUACCUUACUAUUACUAGGCCUGAUAUCUCUUUUGCAGUUCAACAAGUUAGUUCAUGCAAGCUCCCCGUCAUCUUCAUUUGGUGGCUUGAUUCUGAUUGGGCGGGAUGUUCUGACACUCGUCGUUCGGUUACUGGUUGGUGCUUGUUUCUUGGAGAGUCUGAGAUAUCUUGGAAGAGUAAGAAGCAAGACCGCGUGUCAAAAUCUUCAACAGAGGCUGAAUAUCGAGCAAUGUCUACUGCUUGCUCCGAGAUUGUGUGGCUUCGUGGACUACUUGCUGAGAUUGGAUUUUCUUAA